CCUUACCCGUUUCAUUUGCUUUUCCGAACUAUUGAAUACUGCAUUUGGUUUUGGUAAUGGUAUUACGUAAAAGAUAAUGAACAAAGCUGAUGUUGUGAGGCAAUCUACGUUUAAUCCCCUCUGCAAACAUUAUCGGAUGAUCGCUGUAUAAACCAAGAAAAGAAUGGACUGCAGACAGAAAAGCCAUCUUACAUUGCUAUUUUAAAUUAGAGAUGGAAAUGAAACAUUCUUCUUCUUAUGAAUCAAAGCGGAAAGCUCAGAAAGAAGAAUCAAAUGAAUCUAAUACUGUGUUUAAAAAGGCACGACAUGAGUGGCAGAUAAAAGGCGAGUCAACCAAAGGCAUUAAAGUACAUGAGAGUAGACUGGCAACUGAGCUACACCUAAAUCAUGGAAGGGCCAACCAAAACAUUGUGACAGUGCACAGAAAGCAUCCAGAGUAUGCAUCUCCCACAAUUAUUGACUCACCAGAUUGUAACAGGAUAUCAUGUCAGAGUGAAAUCGAGCUUGUUAGUAACCCAGAAUUUCCAACACUUGACCAGACAUCAAAUGAGACAAGGCGGAGAAGGUUUAAUGGACAUCCUGCAGAAAGUAUUGAAUCUCAGAAUCCAAGACAAACUUCAAAUGGUUCUGAUCCUGUAGCUAGUGACAGGAUAACAUCCAAUAAUUCCAUUCAUAAUUGUGAUAUCACACAAGCCAAAGGGAGUGAUCCACCUGUACCCAAGUUUCAUUUACAAGAUCAAAAUUCAUCUUCAAAUAAUAGCAGGAGAGAAUACAAUCCUCAUUCUUCAACAAGAAGUUCGACAAUUUCAAAUGAGUUCAAUAGUUUUCUAGCCAAGCGCCAAAACAGUCAUAUAGCUAAAGCAGUGGUAGACAAUGCUAUUAAUAAGACACUGGAAGAUAUGGGUGUUUCUCCAGACACCAAUAGUGAUAACUUUGUAACUGGAAAGUGCCAUGUAGAAGAUGCUGGAAUAUCACAGGCUAUACAGAGUCAGGGCCUUAUCCCACAACACCAGGCUAUACACAGUCAGGGCCUUGUUUCCCAGCAUCAGGCAGUGUGUAAUGCUAGACUAGCACCCAUUCUUUCCCAUGUCACUCACUUAUCUGACAUGGUUUUCUCUCAAGGUCACUUGCAGCCCAGUUGUUUGGCAGAUACUCAGAGCAUCAUUCUUGAUGAGAACUCGACUUUUGCCACCACCUCUGAUACAACAUCUGGAUCAAUGUCCAGUUCUGACCUUCUCGAUCAGGCUGUUUCUAUGGCAAUAUCCUCUCAAGGUUUAGCUCUUCAGAGAGAUGUUUUAUAGUCUUUUGGGUGCGUUAAUCAGCAGACAAGAAAUUUAUUGCCUUCUCGUAAGUAAUGUGUGGCCUGUUUGCACAGUAAAUGAUGAAUUACUAGGUUGAAAUUGGGAUCAUUUCAUACAGUUAUAUUGAAUUGUAUGUGAAAAGCUUAUAAUUAUUCAUAGUAUUUGUUGUAUUUCUACAUGUAUGCUGUGAUGAUGAUGAUCAUGAAGUACAUGCCAGAUGGCAAGAAUUUUUUUAUUUUACAACAGUUGCAAAUAUACAGUUUAGCAAAUAUUUUUAAGCCAGAUACAUGGGACAUGUUGUCAUAUCAAUUAGAUAAGGAAAAAUAUUAUAAAAUCAAAUUUAGUUUCUAAAUGUAUUCAGUAUAACUUCUGCCAAUGCAAUAUAAUAAUACUCACUGUAUUGUCAACACUGAAUAAGUAUGUGUAUAUUCGUUUAGGGUCCAUUGGAAAAUGGCAUGUAAACACCUUCCAGUCAGAGAUGGAAACACAAAUUUUCUUUGGUACAAUUUCCAGUAUGAAAAAAAAAUAUUGAAAUAUUUAAGCCAGAUAGCAUAUAGGUUAACAUUACAUUAUACAGUGUAUCAUAUAGUGAUAUAAUGAUAUAUAUAUUAUAUUAAAAUCAAUUUCAGCUUCCACCCAUAGACCUACUGAAUUCAACAUUUUAGUAAAUGAUUAAUGAUAUAUUGUAAAAGAAAUUAGACAUGUUCAUAAUGCUCAGGACAUGUAGUGUAUUUGUGCAGUAAUUUUAGACUACUUGAAGUUUGCUUGUCACUAAAUUAUUUUUUCAGAAUAAAUGUAUAGGUCCUGGAGUGAAGUUUUGACAUCAUGUUUUAAUUUUUGAAUUCAUAAUUGCCAGUUUUUGUGAUAAAAACAUUGAUUUAACCUACAGUAAUAUGUAAGUGUUAUUCAAUUUGCCAUGUACUUAAUCUAAACCACAGAUGUCAGUUAUUGUUUUUCCUCAUUUUAAAAACCAUCACGAUAUAUGUGCAGGUACAUAAGUGUAAUAUACAAAAGUUAAGAAUUGUUUAAAUCAAUUACAUAGUGUGUGCAUGUAAUGUGUAUGUAUAUAAUAUAUAUAUUGAUGUACUUUUAAGAUUGUGAAUAUUUGAGUACAUAUUACAUUGUGCUUUUAUUUUAGUUUUCAAAACUGAUUAUUUACAUUUUUAGAUAAUGUUUAUUUAAAAUCAUUGCAAUAUUUUACAUUUUUCCAUAUAUUAUAUACCAUACUGAUCA